GUUAAAAUCAACCACUCAAAUUAAUCCGCAGGCCUUCUCUUUUCACAUCACCAGCACCCAUAAAAGCCCUUUUUCUUUCCCCUUGUUGUGAUCACUCUAACGAAGCUCCUCAAUUUCCUGCAAUUAUUUGGCCAAAUCUUAACCGGAUUUCUCCUUUGAUAAAGUCUUUCUUCUCAAUCAAUCGUACCCAUUUUUAUUUUCUUUUUGAAUUCUUGAGAAUUGUUAUGUAGCUUUGUUUUAAACCCAGUUUCUGCCUGUUUUGAUUUUUGUUUUUUCUAGACGGUUUUUGGGUUUCUCUCUUUUCAGUGUUUGGAGUUUCAGAUGAGUAACUGGAGGAGACACAAAGGUGAAAUUAAUCGUCAAGAAGUUCAGGGGACUACAAGAUCAAACCAUAGAAAACCUCCUCAUGGUAGUUGGCAGCCAACUGUACCAUCAUGGGAGAAAAGAUUCUGUUAUGCAGUUGGUUUGGUCCCAUGGCGCAAGCUUUUGGAAACCAAAAAAUCUAUGUACCUCUAUGAGAAUAUAGUUCAGUGGAACGACUCUGCUGUUGAAGAGGCAUUUCACAAUGCUAAAAACCGGUUUUGGGCAAAAAUUAAUGGUCUUCAUUGUGACAUAUCAUUGCCUGAUCCUGAUAUUUAUAUUGAUGAAAUUGAUUGGAAUUCCAACAUUGACCCUGAAUUAUACUUAGAUUUGGAUCGGGAGCCCAAAUAUCCUGAUGAGAAAGAAAAAGGGGAGGAGGUUGUGAUUUUUGGAAGUUCUCUCCUCCUGAAUCAGCCAUUUUUGUGCACCACAGGAUGGGGGGAGGCUGAAGAGGAGUUGCAAAAGGCAGCAAAUGCAGCUUUCGAUCCUGGAUUUAGAGAUUGUGAUACAAAGGGUAACAAUGGUAAUCCCUUGGAGUGCAAUGUUUCUCAGGCCAACGGAGCGAUGAUUGAUAAUGAAUGGGGAAAUUGUUGGAAUGAUUCAUAUGGAUGGAAAAACCAUUAUGAGCAGGAUAAUAAUCAUAACCAGUGGAAUAAUUUCAGUGAUACAACUGGUGGAGAUUGGGAAACAUGGGAUGGAAGUAGCAGGAGGAGGGAAGGCGCUGGCUGGUACACGCCAAGGUAUAAAACCUUUCGAGGGAAUGACUAUCAGAUGGAUCGUGGAUGGUGGAGGAACGGACGGGGGAGGAAGAAAAUGAAUUUUGUAUAUUAAAGGUCACUUCUAAGCGACUAUUUUGAGGUAGCCAGUCGCAUAAAGGCAGAUUUUGGCGAACUAGGAAUUCUGCGGAACUGGGUUUCAAAAGUUUUGUAAGUAUGAAGUAUAUAAUACAAUAGGUUGUUUUAUUUUUUGUUCCUAUUAUUUUAUUUUUUGUUCAUGUGUGAGAACAUAUAGUACAUAAAAUAGGUUGUCACAAACUGGGCUAAGUUCCUCUCUUGUUCAGUUCCAUGAGGCAGUAAUUUGGGAAAACUCUUGUUAGCUAAUAAUGUUCAAUUAUCAUAUCAAGACAUGUUCUUGCUUCUUUAGGUAUAUAUGUAAUGAGGACUCAAAUGUUAAGUUGCCUUUCUUUUAUUAUAUGAAUUCUUAAGAGGAGGUUCAAAGAU